GGAGAGCAGCCUGGCGGACUGUGCUCGAGGCGGCGCUGCGCAGCAGGAGAACAACACUUCCUCGCAGGGGUCACUUCCGCGCAGGGCUCUGUGUGACAGAGGAGCGGAGCUCGGGUUGUAAUGCCUCUGAAGAGAGCAGUGAUCGUGCCGGGAAACGGCGCAGGGAACAUUGAGCACUGUAACUGGUAUGGAUGGGCAAAGCAGCGAAUAAACGAGAUUCCAGAUGUGUCUUGUACGCUGAAGAACAUGCCGGAUCCUGUGACUGCCAGAGAGAGCAUCUGGCUGCCGUUCAUGGAGAAGCAGCUGAAGUGUGAUGAAGAAACGGUCAUCAUCGGACACAGCUCAGGAGCCGCUGCAGCCAUGAGGUAUGCAGAAACACACAAUGUUUUUGCGGUUGUUCUGGUAGGUGCGUACACAUCAGACCUGGGAGAUGAGAAUGAACGCGAGAGCGGAUAUUUCAGCCGGCCAUGGGAAUGGGAGAAGAUGAGAACAAACGUGAAGUUCAUAAUUCAGUUCGGAUCUACAGACGACCCCUUCCUGCCCUGGGAAGAGCAACAGGAAGUGGCUGAUGGACUGAAGACAGAUCUACAGAAAUACUCGGACCGCGGGCAUUUCCAGAACACAGCCUUUCCAGAGCUCAUCGAUGUAAUAAAACGCCUCAAAACCAACAGCUAAAAACAAAAACUCAUCCUGUCUGUGUUUGGAAAUACUCAUUUUUAUUUUUUAGGGGCCAAAUUAAUCAUGCAUGUUUGAAGAAGUGAUGGCGGUGUAUUAUUGUGGCAGAUGUUGAAACAUUUUCAUUUAUUUUCAAUACAAGUAUAUCAUGUAAAUCUUCAAAUACUCAAGCUUUCUUUACAGUAGUACAUAGAAAUCCACACGUCUGAAAUAAAAUGCCCGUGUAAACUGAGACGAAGCGAACAUAGUGAUUAAUACAAAAUCAAAGACGUAGAAGUAAUGGCACUUACAGCAGUCAAACACAAACAGCGUCCAAACACUGAUCUCAGUUCAAGUUCUUACACAUGUGAGGGUUUUCUUGCUUCUUACGUAGACAUAAAAUCCUGUAUUUAAACAGGGAAGGUUCAAAUGUAAAUCCUGGUACUAAUCAGUUAUAGCACCAUAUUAAGGGUCAACAUAAUUCAG